CCACAUAAACAGCUUGGGCGUAAUUCUAUACACAGAAUCUGGGAAGAAAAAUCCAAAAAACACAUUAAUUCAUUCUUUUAUGAGAAAAAAGUAUAUUUUCAUUUGUAAAUAUGCAAAAAAGAUUCUCUUGUUUUACUCGAUGCUUCAAGAUAACUGUAUUUGCUCAGACAAGUACAAAUCUUUCCCCAAAUUCCAAUCCAGACCUAAUUCCUAAAUUCCCCACCAAAACCACCGUAGAUGAACGGCCUAAAUCCCGCCACCGCCACCGCCUCCGCCGCCGGCGACCGCAUCAAGCUCAACGUCGGAGGCAAGCUAUUCGAAACCACCGUACCCACCCUCCGCUCGGGCGGGCCGGAUUCCCUCCUAUUCGCUCUAUCAAACCGGUCGGGUCACGACCCGGUCUUCAUCGACCGCGACCCGGAGGUCUUCUCCGUCCUCCUUUCUCUCCUCCGCUCCAACCGCCUCCCCUCGACCUCCAAGCGCUUCUCCAACCAGGAGCUCAUCGACGAGGCGCUCUACUUCGGCAUCGAGUCGCACCUCCGAGCCGCGCUAGCUCCGAGCCGGCUCAACGGGAUCGACGCCUCGCUAUUCGCCACCGUGAAGCCCUCCUCCGACGGCGUCGUUUCGGAUUUCAACGCGAUUGAAUCCGACGGAUCGCUGUGGGCGGCGCACGGCGGCCAGAUCACGGUCUACGAUUGGAACCUCAGCCACACGGCGACGGCGCGGACGCAUCUGGAUUUCAUCAAUUCCGUGAAGAGGAUCGAAUUGGACGUCGCCGCAGUCGGAUCCUUGCACGGGUCGGGUUUGCAUUUCUACAAUUUGGCGAAUGGGCGGCGGGUUCACUCAACCGAGUGGGUCGACCCGUCCGAUGUGAGGAUAUACAAGGCUCGAGUCCACGCGAUUGCCGACUCGGUGGACUCGGUUUACGCUUCCUUCGAUUGCCACCACGGCGAGAAUUGCGUGCUGAUGAUCGAUAAAUCGACGAUGGAGAUCUCGUCGGAGAUCGGGAGGAUGCCGGGGAAUUCCGCGAAAUAUAUGGUUCCGACGAAGCUGACGUAUGUUUCCGAAUUGGGGCUUUUGGUGGGAAGCUCAGUGACGUCAGGGGCGUUCGGGUAUUCGGGUUAUAUCCGGCUGUGGGACCCAAGAACCCGGAAUGUGGUCUGGGAGACUAUGGAGCCCGGGUCGGGUCGGAGCAGCCGGUUUGGGGAUUCGUUGGCGGAUGUGGAUGUUGAUUUGGAUGUGUUAGCAUUGUUGAAGAUUUGCUCGAAAUCGGGGGAUUUAGCCAUGGCCGAUUUGCGGAUGUUGACAGAGGAUCCAUGGCUGUAUCUGAAGGAGAAGAAUCCGAGCUUGAGGGAUGUGGGGAGGAAUGGUGGCGGUGGCGGUUUUGCAAUACAUUGUUACCGGAAGCAGGCGUUUGUGGGGAGAGGCGGCGAGUUGGAGGUGUGGUCGCGAGUGGAGGCGAAUGGGGGCGAGAGGAUUGUGAGUGAGGAGAUGUAUAGGAGGAAUUACAUGGAUAAACUGGAGGAUUCGGAGCGAGGGGCGAUCAAGAAGAUAGAGGGUGGUGGUGAUAGGCUCUUUGUGACUAGGGAAGAUGUUGAAGGGAUUGAGGUUUGGCAAAGUUCUCACAACUCCGGCGCCGUCGCAGCUUCAUGAGGUCACUCGUUGCUACUUUGGACAAUGCUUCUCAAUCUUGGAGUUGGAGUGUUCUCGGAGAUGCGAUGGUGGAGUUCAUAGGAUUAGUGAGUUGCCUGAUGAAAUUGUUCUUGUCAUAUUGUCUUUCCUAUCAUUGAGGGAAUCUGUAACCACUAGUGUUCUUUCUUCCCGAUGGUUGGAUUUGUGGA